AUGGGUGGAAAUGCAUUAAAAAAUGUUGUAACUCGACGUUAUGCCCGAGAUGAAUAUUAUUUAUUAAAAGAACGUUUAUUAAAUAAACUUGAAGGACAUAUUGAUAAAUAUGAUGUUCCAAAAGAAUUUCCAUGUAAAGAAUCAUUUGGUGAUCUUGAUGUUCUUAUGGUAUGUCCAUUAUCAAUUAAUAUUGAACAUUUAAUUGAAGAUUUAUUUCAUCCAGCAGAAAUAUAUCAUAAUGGUGAUGUUUAUUCAUUUGAUUUUGAACAAUUUCAAAUUGAUUUUAUUCUUGUUGAAAAAAAUAUAUUUGAAAAUGCAAUUGUUUAUUUAUCAUAUUCAGAUUUAGGAGGUUUAAUUGGAAAUAUUUGUCAUAAAAUAGGUUUAAAAUAUGGUAUACAAGGUCUUUGGAUGAAUGUACAUACUAAAGAAUUUGAUCCAACAACAACAUCAACUAAAUUAAUCUUAUCAACAAAUGUUAAAGAUAUAUUUGAUUUUCUUGGUUAUAAUUAUGAACAAUAUAUAAAAGGUUUUGAUAAUGAAAAUGAGUUUUUUCAAUGGAUUAUUGAUGGAAAAUAUUUUUGUUCAAUUUAUUUUGAUGAUAAUCAACUUAAUCAUGCUCAUCGACAACGUACAUCCAAACGUCCAAUUUAUAUUAAAUUUCGAGAAUAUUUAAAUAUAAAAGAUCUAUUGAAUAAUUCCAUAAAUGAAUCUGCUGAAGAUCAAAAUGAAUUAAUUCGUAUUGUCCGUGAAAAAGCAUUAAUCUAUUUUAAUAAACAACAAGAUUAUGAUAAAGGAUUAAAUCAACGUCAAGAAAAACGGUUAUUUAAAGAUAAAUAUAAUGGAAGAUUUUUUUCUGAUAUUGAUGGAAAAAAUCAUAUGAUUCGUGUACAUAUGGAAAAUUUUCAAAGACGUAUUGCUAAAACUGAUGAAGAAUUUCAUCAAUGGGUGCUUAAUACCGAUAAUGAUAUUAUUCAAUCCGAAAUAGAUAAAUAUAAAUAUGAAUUAAAACAAAAUCAAUCCUCUUAA